UAUAAAAUCUCUCUAAUUCAAAAGAUAAUUGCAUGUUUGCGUCCAUGGAUCCAGGUUUCUCAAACAAUAUGAUGUCGGUCUGCCAACUUAUCCAGAUUUUUCACUGAAUGCUUUUUAGUUUCCCUGUAAGCAAUACUGUGUAAAGCCAGUGGUAAUGUCACACGCAUCGAAGACCCUAGAAAGCCUUGCUGCAUCGCAGGUUGACCACCUCUCCAGUUUGAAGGCUUUGACUGAGAAGCUCAAACUGGAGACGAGAAAGCCGUCUUACCUGGACUGGAGAGCGCAGCUGGAGGUGAUGCUCGCUCAGAGUCACAGAGACUCAGAGCCGUCAGCGGCCCCUGGUGACCCCGAGAGACAGAGAACGUCACGGCCCAUGAAGUGGACGAAGCCGUCACUGGGCAUUAGUGUGGUUCAUGAAGGGAGGCAGUCGUCAGGAAACACACUGCGAUUCGGAAGCAUUGGCCAAGCACUGGAGUGGCUCAGGAAACAGCUGGCAGAGAUGCGUUUGCAGGACCAGCAGCUCGCGCGUCAGCUAAUGCGCCUGCGCAGUGACAUUAACAAUCUGAGAAUCGUGCAGACGUGUAACCAACAUCACAAGAUGCUGAACGACGCCACGUUUGAGCUGGAGGAGCGGGACGAUAUGUCUGAUUUGUGUGACGUCCCCAUGUCUCCUGGAUUAGGCCUUUCAGUGCCGCUAAAGGUCAUCGGGGUCACCAAGAUGAACAUCAACUCUCGCCGGUUCUCCCUGUGCUAACGCAGCACACACAGGAGCAGGUUUUUAUCUUAAAAUAGGGAUUAUGAGUGCUUUUAUAGAGUAAAAAAUAUUAUAGGAAAAACAUAUUUUCAAAAUGUCUCUGAUGUUGAGCUUUCAUUGCCUUUAAGUCAACAUAAAAGCUUUGAGUUCUUCUUAACAAUCAUCUGUACAGUGUAAUUUGUGUUUGAUAUUAUAUGACACAC